UCUGUUUUUGGCUUUUUUUUUUCUUUCUUCAUUUCAGUUUGGGGCUCACGUUAUAUUCGUUUUUUUCUUUACACUUUUUUCUUGAAAAAUAUUUUGCCCACCAUUCCGUCCAAUACAGUUACAUCUAUCCCUUUCAAAAAGUUGUCUGGGUCGUCCAUGAUGGAUAUCUUUGGGCCCGAAGAUAUCUCUCCACCGGCAACCCCCCCUAACUUUAACUUUGCAUCUGCCGUACCCUCGUCAUCAUCCUCGUCAUCAUCCACCAACAAAUCCCCACGAUCCAUACAACGCCAUCGGUCCGUUUAUAACGAUCCUUCCUUUGCACAAAACCCCGCUCAUCUGGCCACGGUCUUUAACGAUGCCCAACUUGAUCACCUUCGUCAUUUGAAACAGUCAUUCCAGCAACUAUCCCCCCAGCAACAACAAUACUUUUUAUACGAAAUCAUCAAUUGUUGCGAUAAUUCACAACUCGCCUAUCUGAACGACCUCAUUGCCCCCCGUUUAAAAAUCGAUUUUCUUAAAGAAUUACCCAUCGAAAUCUCCCUCCAUGUGCUGUCCUUUAUUGAUGACCCCAAAACCCUCGCUCGAGCCGCCUGUGUAUCUACAUUUUGGAAUUCAUUGUUGCAAGAUGAAGCAACUUGGAAAUCGUUGUGCAUGAAACACCAAUAUCGACGGCGCAAUUCAAGUAUAUGCGGCGGCGAACUUCUCGAUCCUCCUACUCAACGUCUUAACUUUUCUUACCGGGAAUACUUCAAACGAAAAUACAAUAUUGCUUCUGCCUGGGCUCAAGGUGGCCGAGUCAAGGUGAUUGCGGACGGUUUCCGGGAAGGAUUAGUCACCUCACUGCAAUUCGAUGAAAAAUACAUCGUUGUGGGCUGCGACAAUAACUGCAUCGAAGUCUUUGAUACCAACACUGGCAAGAAAAUUCGUACUCUCGAAGGUCACGAAGGUGGAGUUUGGGCACUGCAGUUCAAAGGUGGAGAAAAUUAUGAUCCUGAACGAGUCCUCGUCUCCGGCGGCUGUGAUCGCGAUGUACGAGUGUGGGAUUUGAACAGUGGACGACUGCGCCAUGUACUUCGUGGUCAUACAUCGACGGUCAGAUGCUUGAAAAUGAAGGAUAAACGCUUAGCAGUCACCGGAUCGAGAGAUAAUACGAUGCGUGUGUGGGAUAUCCAACGCGGUGCACUACUUCAUGUUUUACUGGGUCAUCAAGCCAGUGUACGAUGCUUGGAAAUUCACGGCAAUACGGUGGUCUCGGGCUCGUAUGAUUUUACGGCACGUGUGUGGGACAUUCGUACUGGCCAGUGUUUACAUGUCCUCGUGGGCCACAUUUCCCAAAUUUAUACCAUUGCUUUUGAUGGGCAACGGGUAGUGACCGGAUCGCUGGAUUCUACCAUUCGCGUUUGGUCCGCUGAAACAGGCCAAUGUCUCGCCACGCUUCACGGCCACACUUCGCUGGUGGGUCAGUUGCAGUUGUCGGGGUCGACGCUCGUUAGUGGUGGGUCCGACGGUUGUCUACGUGUUUGGGAUCUUCAGCACUACGAAUGCGUUCAACAAAUCUCGGCGCAUGAUAAUUCUGUCACAUGCUUGCAAUUCGACGAUCGACGUAUGGUGAGCGCCGGCAAUGACGGCCGUAUUAAAUUAUGGGACAUCAAACAAGGACGCUUGAUUCGUCUGUUCUCUCAACCGGCGAAAACCGUUUGGAAAAUCCAGUUCAACGAUACAAAGGCGGUGGUAUUGAUGCAACGUCGACGGUCUGCCAAUUCCGAGGAAGGAAAGACGGUGAUGGAGAUCCAUGAUUUCGAUGUACCGGACAACGAUCGACAUACCGAACUUACCACUUCAAUUUCUUCUUCAAGUUCCUCAUCCUCUGUUAUGAUGAUGGACCUGGAUGAAGACGAUAUCAAUGUCUACUAAAACCAGACCCUCGAUCUUUACCAACUUGUUUCUCCUUUUGCUGCCAUUUUGUCCUCUCGCCUUUAUUUCCAUGCUUACAUUUUCUUGUUAUCAUUUUUCAUCAUCUCCAUCUUAUACUUGCGGCCCCCCUUUAAUUUCAAAAUGGGGUUUUGUUUGGCUGCUCUUCCUCCUUCUGUACACUUGUGAUAUUCCAUUUUCUAAUCGUUGUUUGAAUUUCGUUAUUCAUUCAGUCCAUGUGACUAUUCCCCCCCUGUUUGCUUUGUUUUUUUUUUCUUCUUCUUAAAUAUCCAUGCUCUAUGUCAAUAUUAUUCAUCUAUGCGUGUUUCAUCAAUCGCUUUCGGUUUGAUUACUAUUGGUUAUAAUGGACCUCUUUCUACAGACAAAAGAUUGAAUUAAAUAUUGG